CGAAACAUCGUACAUGGUCUUAGUCAUAUGCAUCAGAAUAACGUGUCAAUCAACAAUGACACGUGUUUGGGUCCUGGCGCCACGUGCCAGUGUACUUGAAGCCCGUUAAAUUGUGUCUUUGUAAGAGAAUCAAGAAAGACGAUGGAGAAAAACGAAAAUGUCGCAGAGUUGCGUUAUGUCUUUGGUGUCUGCUAAUGUUACGAGGUCUUUCUUCUUGUGCUCAUCCAAGUCUAAACCAUGUUCCACACGGCUAAUCGCAGCAUCGAAAUCGGUUAAACGGGUCAGAAGGUUCAUGUCCUUAUCCUACUCCCUUCCCCGGUUUGAUUUCGUUGGCCAAAUCGGUCCACCUGAAAUUCAAUUUCCUGAAGAGUUACCUUCACGGCCGAGUAGAGGACCAGAGUGGGCCCCGUUAGAAGUCCCAGAACUUCCUAAUACACCGGAGAUAAACCCGUCGGAAACUCCUCCAGAAGUCACGACAGUUCCUAGCGAUCCACCACCGGUUGGACCGCCGCAAAGUCCUGACCCUGAGUUUCCGGUCCCACCGCUUCCGUCUCCACCGAUGCCAGAUACGCCAAAUCCUCCAGCUCCGGAAAGACCUCCUGAUGUGGUGCCUCCAAACUGGGAACCUCCUCGUCCACCGGAUAUCGUUCCACCAGAGAUUCCACCGCCGGGAAUAGACCCUCCACCGCCUAUGGGCCCCACCAUCAUAUAGCAAACAUGCAUAAAACUCUUCUCUGCUUAUGCAGUCUUGUCGAAAGUAGUUUUUCUUUAGUUUACAGUAAUGUUUUGAGAAGUUCAGUUCAAACGGAAUCAUAAGUGUUUUCUUCUUUUAAACAACAA